AAAAUAUUAAAAAAUUUAUAAAAAAAUGGAUGAAUUUUUUGAUGAUCCAGCAGGCACUAUUGAAACUUAUAUAGUUCCAGAAGUUGCAGCUCAACCUUUAAUGUUUAAUGAUGCAGGUAUGGUACCUUUGAAAUACUUAAUAAAGCUAGAUAACCAUUUGAAAUGCCUAUUGCACCUAAUGCUGGAGUUACUUUAGUGGUAUAUGUUUGAUUUAUUCUACCUUUUUAGAGUGCUGAACAGUAAUAAAGAAGAGACAAAUUAAGAGAGAUAGAGGAAGAACGAAUUAAACUCGUUAGGGAGAGAGAUUAGGAAGAACGAAUUUAAAAAUAGUAAAGAAAAGAGAAAGCUUAACAAUAUUUAUUGCAAUUUUAAACGUAAUUCAAUAGUUAUAAUAUAUCAAGUCAAAUGAAAAGGGAUAUUCAAGAAAGAAAAGCUGCAAAUUAACAAGCUUAAGAACUAAGGUCACAAAAUAAAAAUGAAUAUGUAUUAUGUUAUUCAUGCUACUCAAGAAAAACUCUUGGGAUAAGGUAGCCUCUAACAUUUCAUUGAAAGAUGGAGAAUAUCCUGGAGAAAAAGAUGUAACCAAAAUGAGAUAAGCCAUACUUAACAAGAGAAAGGACUUGACUAAGUGAAAAUGCAUAUUGUA